AUGGGCAAGGUCGCUGAUUCGGACGGAGAUGGAUGUAUCGACUUUGCAGAGUUCACGAAAGUCCACAGGGCUAAAGGAGCUGGCGUGAAAGGCUUCAAGGUGCCUUUCGAGUAUUUGAUUUUGGACGGGAAUGGGAAAAUAAGCGCGGAGGAAUUGUCGGAGGUGAUGACGAGGCUUGGAGAAAAGUCGAGGAUCCUGAUGUCAUGUCUUUUUCUUCCUUCAAAACGGGAAAAUGAGCGCGGAGGGAUUGUCGGAGGUGAUGAGAAGGCUUGGCGAAAAGUCGAGCCUGGAGGCGUCCAGGAAAAUGAUAAAAGGGGAGUGGAUGCUUAUGAGGAUGGAUUCAUUAACAUGGCCGAGUUCAUGAUGUCGAUGACGCGUACCAUGAACCUUUCCCCAUCUUAA